AGCCGCAUUGAUAGACGCCGCAUAACAUAACAUAAAACUGCGCUUAAACCCCCGACCUAUUGACCCGAUAGCAUUUUCUCGUUAGAUAUAGAUUUGUACACUUCCGUUCCGAGUUACGACGUCAUGUUUUUGUCAUGUAAUUGUGUAUCAUGGAAAUAAAACAUUUGUAAAACUUUUCCCCGAACUCUGUGUUUCUGUGGACACCACACACAUGUGACAUCACACAGAAGGGACGUGACUUUAUGAAGGUAUGCUGAUGAAAACACACACACACACACACACACACACACACAGGACUCAGUGUGCGGUCUCCGAGUACAAUUUAAUUAUAAUGAGGCUGAUGAAAGUACGCAGCCAACCCAGUGUGUGGUCUGGUGUUGUUUAAUUAUGAAGGGAUUGAAGGCUAGAGAUCUGAGUGAUUGGAACUGUUUGUUGUUGUUGUUGUUGUUAACAGAUCAUGGUCUGUAAAUAUUGAUUAUUGAAACAUUUGAUGGAUGUUUCGAACUUGAUGGAUUAAACAUUGGUGACAAAGAAAGAUUUCGCGUCACGGCGGUUCCGUAGGCGAGUUAUCACUGGAUUUUUCCAAAGACCAAAUUUCGCUUCAUGAACAAAAAAAAUUACUUAUUUUUAUUUUUUAUUUUUUUUAUUUUUUUAUUUUUAUUUUUGUUGUUGGGCGUUAUAUAGCCUCGUGUUGUGUUGAGGGCACUAAGUCGUGACCGCUGCUGUGACCGUCUUGCCCCAUACCAGACGCCAGAUGACGCUCUUGUCCUACUGUCGUGCCCUUUUUUUCGUAAAGAUCCCCUGCCUGGUCCUGAGCAACCAACAGCUCAAAGUUUACCGGACACGUUUCUCCUAUUCAUCAAUAUCCCCAUUGAGUAUCAAAGCCAAUUUAUGACUGGCCAACAUGUGCACGUGAUCCCAUACAAAUACACCAUAUUUGGGCAGCGCACGUCGGAUCAAGAAUAAAAAAAGAUACCAAAGCCUACUCCACCUAUAAAUCCUGGAUUAUUUUUUAGGGCAGACAGCUGUGAAUUUGGCCAAAAGCGCGCUCCAAAGAAAAGCAAUGAUCAACACCAACAAGGAAACCGCCGCCGCCGCCGCCUCCAGCACCAACAGCCCGGUCUAGUUUGUUUUUAAAAAGUGUUGCUGCUGGUGAGUUGACCAUGAGCUCUUAUGUUGACAGCUGCAAUCUCAGGCAAACAAGCGAGACAACUUCUAACAGAAUGUUUAGUUUCGAUCUUUCCGGGCGCGCGUCCAGCCACUUGGAGGACGUUAAUGUGAACGGAAUAUUUACUUGUCCCGUCCCCACGACCUCCGUGGAACGGGAGGAGAUGCAAACUAGCCUGCGUGGCAUUGCUGAUCCUGCUCUGCCGCGGGGACCACAGAUAGCCAUGGUCUCCAGCAGCUCGUCUGCGGACGCCAACUGCUGCGGUGGCGGCGGCGGCGGCGGCGCUGCGCAGCUGGGGCGCAUGGCGGACAGAGAUCCGCAGAGGAGCGCAAAAUCCGGCGGAGGCGUUGGCGGCUGCGUGAGCCAGGAGGGCGAGAGAAACGCGGAGAAGACGCAAGCGGCGAAACGCAACACGAACGCGAGCCAGCGUCAGGACAGUGAUCAGCCGCCGCAGAUUUACCCCUGGAUGACAAAACUGCACAUGAGCCACGAAUCGGAGGGUAAGCGGUCCAGGACCAGUUACACCCGCUACCAGACUCUGGAGCUGGAGAAAGAGUUUCACUUCAACCGGUACCUGAGCCGCCGCAGGCGCAUAGAGAUCGCCCACACCCUGUGUCUAAACGAGAGGCAGAUCAAAAUCUGGUUCCAGAACAGACGGAUGAAGUGGAAGAAGGACUCAAAGAUCAAAGUGAAGGAGUAAGAGUGUUCCCUGAGUGAACCUGGAGACGGCUGCUAGCCCCCUGACUGCACGGUGAACACACACACACACACACUGGAGUGCCGCCUGACCUCCGGAUGAACCGCGAGCAGCAGUGACAUCAUGACACCGCUCUGUGUGCUUUAUCACCAAUUAUGUGUCACUCUCUGCAGUUUGGGAGCUAAUGUAUCGAAUAUCGCUCACUUUGAUCAAUCGGUUUACAUUUUUAAAUUAAUUUGCUGCCCAUGCGAUGAUAACCUCACUUGACUGCACGAAGGGGACACGAGGAUGGGGGAGAGAAAAGGGGGAGAAAGAGGAGAAGGUAGAAUGGGGGUGAGGGCUGUAUGGUCCUGGUCCUGGUCCUGCGGUCGAAUCCUUGCACAACCCGUACCUCUAAUAGUUCAUGUUAGUUUAGUUAGGACUAGUGGAGUGGACGCCGUGACUACGUCAUCACUAACUGUAGAUUCAACUGUAGCUGGUCAUUUAGAAAUAUUCAAGAGAUGAAAAUAAAUGAAGAUAUUGUUCUGAUGAUGAUGAUGAUGAUGAUGAUGAUGAUGAUGAUGAUGAAAUGAUUCCUCCCGUUAAGUUCAACCGGUUUCCAACCAGAAAAGGUUUAGACUUUUAUCUCAUUUCUUUCUCUAAUAAUUCUCGUGCAGUGCGGACUUCGCUCCAUGUUGUUUCUUUUUCUGUCAUUUUUCUGUGAAUCUACACCGUUUAGCGACUGUAU